CCUGAGUUUCGGUCCAGUGUCGGAAGCUGUGAGCUUUACAUGGUGCGGUGUGUGUGUGUUGGUGUGUGUUAAGUCUGCUGUGUGUGCUUUGUGCGUGUAAGUGUGUAGGUGUGUGAAGGUGUGUGAAGGUGGACGGAGAUCUUUAUUCAGAAAAGCGUUUGGAGUUUUAUUUUUAACUUCGCUGUUUCCUGCUUCCGGUUGGAGUCUCAGGGAGAUGUCUGUUCACCCUCGGCGUGUGCGGCUGAAGCCGUGGCUCGUUGCUCAGGUGGAUAAUGGGACGUUUCCGGGUCUUGUGUGGCUCGACCGUGAAGCGAAACGCUUCCAGAUCCCGUGGAAACACGCAACACGUCACACCGCUCAACAGGAGGAGGAGAAUACCCUCUUCAAGGCUUGGGCUGUAGAGACUGGGAAGUUUCAGGAAGGUGUAGAUGAACCGGACCCUGCAAAGUGGAAAGCUCAGUUACGCUGCGCGCUCAACAAGAGCCGUGAGUUUAACCUCAUCUACGAUGGAACAAAAGAAGUUCCCAUGAACCCCCUGAAGAUCUAUGAUGUGUGUGACAUCCCCGUCCCUCUCAUUAACCCCGGUUCCACAGGUUCUGCUCCUGCAUACGACUCUGAUGGUGAAGAUGAUGAUGUUCCUGAUACACCAGAACCUCCACCACCUCCGUAUCACCCACCAGUGGGUGGGUCGCCUCUGGCCCCACCUGUGUGGACUUCCCCAGGCUCCACCUCCCCCCUGCAGCCCUCCCCCCUGCAGCCCUCCCCCAUGCAGCCCUCCCCCAUGCAGCCCUCCCCCAUGCAGCCCUCCCCUCAGGUGUGGCCUAAAAAAGAGCCUCAGGAUGUGGAGAUGAACACACCAGCAGCCAUGGAGAUCCAACCUGCUUCCAACAUGGACACACAACCAAUAACUGAUGUGCUGUUCACCACACCGGAGACCUGGAUCAGCUCUCUGCCCAUGACCGAUCUGGAGGUGCAGUUUUAUUACCGUGGUAAGGAGGUGUGUCCAGGGGUUACGGUCAGUAACCCACAGGGCUGUAGGCUGUUUUACGGGGACCUGGGGCCGAUGGUGAAUCAGGAGGAGCUUUUUGGACCUGUGAGCCUGGAGCAGCUGCGUUUCCCGUCCACUGAGCACAUCACUAACGAUAAACAACGUCUCUUCACCAACCGCCUGCUCGAUGUCAUGGACCGCGGCCUCAUCCUGGAGAUCAGUGCACACGACAUCUACGCCGUGCGUCUCUGCCAGUGUAAAGUGUACUGGUCUGGCCCGUGUGGUCCAAAUGCCAACACGCCCAACCUCAUCGAGCGCCAGCGCCGAGUCAAGCUCUUCUGCCUCGAGACCUUCCUCAGCAGUGUCAUAGCUCAUCAGCGUGGUCAGUCUCCAUCUCUGCCUCAGUUUGAUAUUCACCUGUGUUUUGGUGAGGAGUGGCCUGAUGGACGUCCCAGAGAGAGAAAACUCAUCAUGGUGCAGGUGGUCCCUGUGGUGGCGAGGAUCAUCACUGAGAUGUUCAGUUCAGAUGGAACUCGCUCCUUUGACAGCUCCAGUGUGCGUCUGCAGAUUUCUGUCCCAGACAUAAAGGACAACAUCGUCACACAGCUCAAACAGCUGUACCGCCUGCUGCAGAAUCACCAGGGCAACGAGGCCUGGCCCCUCCCAUCUGCUGGCCACGCCCCCCUGUCCCACGCCUUGCAUGCGCAGUGAUGCCCAAAAUCUCUCUCACACACACACACAGAGCCAAGUUUUUCUUUGUACAUUUAUGUAGUUUAUUUGAAAUAUUACUGCUCUUAAUUUUUUGUAGCGUUGAUUGUAUUUGUGUUUAUAAAUUUGUUGUGUUUGAGGUUAUAGAUUUGGAAUGUAUGUUUAUUAAACAGAUAUUUUAAGUAAAUGAGGUCAGUUAGACACUAAAUGUAUGUAUCCACUUUUUAUGUUGGUGGGCAUGUCUCUCUCAUCUGAUUGGCUAAACACACUCAUUUCCAUUUCACCAAUAUGCACUCUUCAAUGUGGAUAUAAGAUUGCUGUAGUUUGGGGAUUGUCCUAAUUCUGCUGUCCUUCCCUUUCCCCACCCUUUCCUGUCUUGUACUGUAAUGUAAUUGUUUUUUGUCAGAUAAAUAAACACUUUCAUUUUCUUUC